AAUUAGGUUAAUGAAAAUUUCUGGUGUUACAGUAAUCCUCUGAUACCUCGAAAAUGCACCGCCUCAAGAGAAUUUUCACUCUGUCCAUGUCCUCUGGUAUUGCGCCACGAGAUGAGAGAAUCAUUCGGAUCUGUUGCUCAAGUCCCACAGCUGUCCCCAGGGAUUCCUGGAGGGAGUCUUUUCUACUUGAUCUUUCUCGUAAAACAAAUUUCAACGUGUGCAAGAAAAUUGCUGGUAAAAAUGCAUCAGGAUCGGUCAGUGGAAAAUCGGAUGGUCAAGAGGAGUUGGAGAACUCUGGAAAAACGUAUCCGGAGAUUAUCAGAGAGUACAGUGAGCAAAUUGAAUCGAAAAUAGCGCGGAAUGAAAAGAAAAAUCGAUCUUCGGGGAUUUUCUCGAGGAUGACGAUCGACCGGAUUUCCUCGUUGACGGGGAUGAAGAAGAAGGAUGGGGGUUCAUCGAGUGAUUCCUCGAAUUCAUCGGGAGAUGCCACUAAAAAAUUUGGAAAAUAUUCAGACGAGGGUUCUGAGAUAUCGGUAAUUAUCGAGCCCCUACCCCCGGAUUUACAUUCGAAUAUGAGUGACAUGGGUAUAAUGAUGAUUACAGUCCGCGAAAAAAUAGCAUCGACUCAUCCAUUUGGUGUCGUUGACCUUCGGAUAAACGGUGAACCGGUUACACGUGUGAAACAAAUAACUAGAAGAUUUCCAAAUCUCAAUGUCACGAAUUCAUCGGGAAAGUGUGAGAUUAAAAUUCCCAUUACCAUGAGUAAUAAAUCCGUGAUGAAUCUCUCGUUAUCGGGCCCAAGACGGUCUGAAUCAGAGACCGAUUCAUCGAUCAGAACCACCGGAAGAUCUUCAAUGAGUAAAAUUGUUCCCUGGUGGACGACCUUGGAGUCUUUCCGCGUCCUCGAGAUCCCACGGCACCUGAAAAUCGAGCUCCAGGUGUCAAAAAAUUCCCCCGAAGAAAUGAAGAUGCCGAAUAAUUCUGAGGAACUAUCACAAGUUAAAGUUAAUUCCAGCCCGGUAGAACCCGGGAAAUCGGUGACGAUCUUCCAGUCCGACAAGAUCAUCAACUCCUGGUUCAACUCGAACUCGAAAAUUUCGCCAAGUCACAGAUUCCCAGAGACGCGGUUGAGAUACGCCCCGAUGAAAUUCAUCGUUCCUUCCAUAAAAAAUGAUAAACCGAUUCCAAAGAUCGGUAUCACCCGAAAAUCGGCAAUCGAUUCGCAUUCUCCGGGUGGAAAAAUCAUGGAGACUGGGAAGACAAUGAGGCCCAUCACCCAGGGAAUAGACAGUCUAAUUGAUUACAAAGAUCGUUUACCUAUGGAGAAGAACUCCGAGAGGAAAUUGCGUCAAUUGGAGGAUUCCCCGGAGGACCAGAGCCGGAUGCCGACGGAAGAAUCGAUAGCGGAAGUCAUAGCAAAGAAAUCGGGUGCUCGUGACGGAUCGCUGGAGAGGAUCGUUAAAACGCGUUUGAAAAACCCCAACACAGAGCCAGCAAAACAUCCUGACGAUUCAGAGAGGACAACAGGUCCCGAUGCAUCGUGAUGCCCCGUGCUGAUCCAUCUGGUCACAUCCAGGCGAGUUCAGGUGGUAACAACCAGGCAGCCUUGCGGGAACCGGCGACC